CCUGUCUCUAUUGAAGGAGUGGACAAACAAACAUAACAGAGUAUUCUCAUAUUAUCCACACAAUUAAGAGAUCUAGAAAAGCUUACUUCUAUCUCUCAUCUGUAUUUAGCUUCUUGGAUUUCUAACAUCUAACCCAAGAAAAUAGCCACUCUUUUCAAGUUUUAAAGAGUGAAUGAUAUAUAAAUUAUACGCGUCAAUUUUUCCUUCUCUCUAUAACGGCCUAAUUCCAAUCCUAUAUAUAUUGAUGUCAUCUCUUGCGUACCCUUUUUUGUUUUAGAAAAGUUUCUUCGUAAGUUGAAGAAAAUAUUUGUCUCUUUUUUUUGUUGGAUAUGCAAAUCAAGAAGUCUUUCUCAAUGUCCUCUCGCACAGGAAGAGAUUUGCAGAGAUACAAUCAUGGUUGUCGUCAAGUUGUUGGAUGCAUUCCGUACAGAAGCAAGAAAACGGACCAAUCAUCUUGUGUUCAGGGUACCCCAGUUGAUGAUUUGGAAUUUUUAUUAAUCAGCUCGCAGAAGAAUCCAAGAAUGAUGUUCCCUAAGGGUGGUUGGGAAAUUGAUGAAUCAUUAGAAGAGGCAGCUUCGCGAGAGACAUUUGAAGAAGCUGGAGUAGUUGGUGAGGUUGAGGUUCAGGAAUACUUAGGUACAUGGAGUUUCAAAAGCAAAAGCCAAGGUACAUUUCAUGAGGGGCACAUGUUUCCUUUGCGUGUCACUGAGGAACUAGAUGAUUGGCCUGAGAACACCGUCCGUCGACGUUUAUGGGUGAAUUUUAGUGAAGCAAGGGAAGUAUGUUGGCAUCCGUGGAUGAAAGAAGCAUUAGAUGUCUUUGCUUCUAAGCUUUCGAAGAGAAAAGAAGGGCCUCAGAUAUUCCAUUUAUUGUCAGAUGAAGGUACUGUUGUGUGCUGUAGCUAAGCCAACCAAGAAGCAAGCAAGCAUGCUUCAAUGAAGAGCCAAGCAUUAGGGGCCGCAGCCAAGCAAAUUACUACCCCGUGUUCAGAGCAGAACUGAGAAUGAACACCAAAGCCAAGUGUUAGAACAAGCUAUUGGGUCCGGUCCACCCAUAAGGGACGUUAAUUGGCUCGUUAGCUCAUUAGCUAGUUCUCCUCUUAAAACCCUAAUUAUGUCAUACAUAUAUACACCAUUAUAGGUGAUGGAAAAGAUGACGCUUUUCCAUUCUAGAUGCUGACGGCUAGGGUUUAUGAAGAAAACACUUUGCAUCUCUGAGGAGAUUCUAGGUUGUGGAAACCAAGAAAUUUUCCGUUUUGUGCUCCUACCGACCAGUAAUUCAAGCCAUGGUGGAAACAGACAAUCAGCUUCCGCAAGGAGAAACCCGUAAAAUCCUACAGCAAGAGACAAGGUUCAAUGAAGAUAAAAGAACAAACAUUAAUGUUGCAUCAAAGUUAGCAACAAAAAAAAGGAGGACAAAACCUCUUGGAAUCAGUUUUGUACCUUGAAGUCCUUGUAUGGCAAUUUGAUACUACUAUUUUUCUUAUAGAAGCAGGCAAUGAAGAAUCCGCAAUAGCAUCUGAAAGUCCACAAACAGAUUAAAAGAGAAGGAACCUUCGGCAUUAUAUCCCAAAGUCUACAACAAAAUGAAGAGAUUGACAAUCUUUGGUUGCAAAUUGCAACGGCACAAGUGUUUAUUCUUUAGGAGGUUAAUUAAGAGUUAAAAUUAUUGUUUGUGUACAACUUUUUCUGACUUUAUGAUUUAAUUCAUCAAGAUUCAUUCAUUCUUUA